AUGAUGAAAUUGCAAGAUUUUCCAGAGGAUAUUCAAGUUAACAUCCUCAAAAGAUUGCCUCCACCAUCUCUUUUAUGCUUGAUGAGUACAUGCAAAUCUAUGUUUUCUUUAGUAACUAGCCCAACUCUAAUGGUUUCAUCGUCAACAACUCGAAACACUGGUUAUUAUCUCUACUCUUCCUGCACUCAUGAUGGUAAACAAACGUUUUUUCUUGUGAAUAAAAGUAAGAAGAUCACUAAAAUCAAUUCUAGUAAUGUUACUGUUGAUUCAAAUCAUUACCUAAUUGGUUCUUCUCAUGGUGUUGUAUGCUUUGCUAAUAUCUUCCAUCAUCAAGAUCUAAACUUGGUUUUAUGGAAUCCUUCAAUAAAUAAAAGUUUAAGUAUCCCAACACCACUUAUCGCAAGUAGUAUUCAGAGAUCUCAUACGUUAGGAUUUGGGUUUGAUUAUUCAUGUACUGAUUUCAAGGUUGUUAGAAUCGUCAUAAAUCCUACAGAAGAUGUGCGUAUUUACGCAGAUGUUUAUGCAGUACAUUCGGGUACUUGGAAAAAAGUUACAGGAUUACUUUCACGUCCAAUAUCAAAAAUUAUAGAACAAGGAGUUUUUAUUGAUGGUGUUAUACAUUGGAUGUUGAAGAUUUCUGCUACAGAUUAUACAAUAUUGACAUAUAAUCUUGCUCAUGAGAUUUUUCAUGAGAUAGAUAUACCAGGAGAUAUAGUUGGUGAAAAUAUGGGAUUGGUAUUAAGUAAAGUUGAAAGAAGUGGAAAAGAGAAACUUGCAAUUUACCAUAAUGAUUAUAUAUGUAAAAUCUGGGUGAUGAUGGAAUAUGGUGUACAAAGUUCUUGGGAACUUUUGUGUGAAAUUGAUUGUGGAGAAGAAUAUGGGAAGGUUUUGAAUGUACAGAAUGAUAAAGAAAUCAUGGUGUCAACGAGUUCAGGAAGAUUGUUUUUCUUCAAUCCAGAAAAUAAUCAGAUAUAUGAUGUUGUUAGACAAGAUGAGGUUAUGGAUUAUGUUGGACCGUACAUCAAAACCCUAGUUUUGCCAACAGUGUAG